GCCCAAGUUUUAUAAGCAAAGUUUAUGCAACGCGAAACCAAAACGAUCCGUGCUGAAACCGUCAAACAUUUUAAUUUUGAGAGGCUUCUUUUCAUCGAUGGUGUAGCAGUGGAACCGGUGUGAGGAAACAAACCCAAUAGAUGAUAAAUGAAUAAGAAACAACUGAAUGAAAAAUAUUUAAAUGCUUUAAUCAGUUGCGUCGAGUUUCGUUCUUUCAUAUGCCGUGCGGUGUAUAAAACACUGCGUAGAAGUGGAGGAAGCGGGCUCUACAGCCGCUUCAAUACAUCACCGUGUAUAUAUAUACAGAUUCGCGGUGUCGCGACGCCAGUCGCGUCGUGAAUUUCGCGCAUUUAGUUCGUCGACGAUACUGACUAAUCCUCCAAGUGAUUAUACGAGAAGCCUCUUUCCUCCGUCUCCUAAGAAACAUGGCUUCAAAAAAUGAAAAGAUUGGAAUCAUCGGAAGCGGCCUGAUUGGACGCAGUUGGGCAAUGCUAUUCGCUAGUGUUGGCUACCAAGUCACCAUCUACGAUAUUGUCCAGGAACAAAUAACGAAUGCUCUGAAAGACAUUCGUCAGCAACUCAACACUCUCCAGAGUAAUGGCCUCUUGCGUGGAAGUGUGGACGCUGAUGGUCAGUUCAAAGCCAUUAAAGGUUCGACUAGCCUUGAAGAUACCGUCAAGGGCGCCAAAUUUGUCCAGGAAUGCAUUCCCGAGAAGCUGGACUGGAAGAUCAAGCUCUACACUGAUCUAGACAAGAUCCUUGACGACAAGACCAUUCUCUCAUCCUCGACGUCCACUUUUCGUCCCUCACUAUUCUCCGAAAAGAUGAAACAUCGGGAUCAGGUCAUUGUUUCUCAUCCCGUUAACCCACCAUACUAUGUGCCUCUCGUGGAGAUCGUACCAUCUCCAUGGACCCGUCCCGAAAUAGCAGUUGCAACACGAGCAAUCAUGACCGAAAUCGGUCAGGCACCCGUAUUGCUCAGCCGUGAAGUCGACGGAUUUGCGCUCAAUAGAAUACAGUACGCGAUUCUGAACGAGGCGUGGCGAAUGGUGGCUGACGGUAUUUUGGAUGUGAAAGAUAUGGACUUGGUAAUGAGUGAGGGGCUUGGCAUGAGAUACGCGUUUUUGGGCGCCUUUGAAACGGCUCAUCUCAACGCUGAAGGAAUGAAGAAAUACUGCGAAACCUACAAAAACAGCAUAUACAACGUCAGCAUGACGAUGGGAGCCGUACCUAAGUUCGAGGGUGAAGUUGCCGAAAAGAUUUCCAACCAACUAAAUGCAAUCACUCCCAUCGAUCAACUGCCAGCCAGAAGAGCGUGGCGUGACGAUGCUCUGACCAAGCUUUCGAUACUGAAAAAAGAGCUUGACAGCAAAUGGAAAGACAGUCAAUAAACUUUCUGACAGCAGUUGACGCGUGACGUUCAAAAAGCGAGUAUAUGGUUUCGCGUUUAAGGAUUAUUUUCACACUUUAUACUUAUCAUUUUGUUCUUGGAUUUCAUUCAUUUCAUGUCGACUGAUUUUUGAUUAGACUCACGUAAUAUCAAAAUAUAUUUUCAUCACGAAUUCGUUUUAUACUUAUUUUUGAAUCGUCGGCCUAACAUUAAUUCGAACGGAAGCGACUGCAGAUACGAGUACAAUUGUGUUCGCAGAUAACAGCGCGAUUUAAGUGUCAGAAUAUACCUACGUAUAAUAGUUAUAAGUUUCUGCCUCACACAAUAUGCCUGUACACAGAGUAAUAAAAAUUAUUUUC